CCCUGCCCUUUUCUUCUUUUUCCACUCCCUCCCUCUCGCGUCUCGUAGGAAUUAUCCAAGUUUUCCUUAACUUCCGAUCUUGGCCUCUCCUCCUCUCCCGCUGCCCUCCCCCCUUCGUCCCGAGGGUUCCAUUCCCUCUCUUCUACCUCUGGCCUUCGACUCCUCCGGCGUCGUUCCGGUGGCCGGAACCCACGCGGCCGCUCUCCGUCCGAGCGCGAACCCUAGAUUUCUCGGCUUCUUUCUUUGAGGGAGGGGGAGACGAGGAGGGGAUGGCCCGCUGGAGGACAAGGAGGAGUCGCAGUGUCCCCCUGGCCUUCGCCAGUGCGAGGCCAUGGCCGAUAUGACCGAGGACGAGCGGCUCGCCUGUACCGAUAUAUCUCUUGCAUUAAUCUUCUAGGUAUAUAUUGCAGUUGCUUAUUGCAGGGGUUGGCAUGUAAGUGGGGAUGUUUAACCAAGGAGUGAUCCCACUUGCAUAUGCCAGAAAGAAAAAGAACAAGGCUGGAGAGAGCAACCCGUACUUAGAUGGCAUAUACCUCCUCUUCACUUAUUUCACCAAACCAGAAUCCAUGGCUGCCCUAGAGUCUCAGUUCAAGGCUGAUGAUGUCAUCUCGUCAUCUUUUUGGAUGGUAAAUGUCAUCUGGUCAUCAAGUUUCAAGGUUGCCUAGGCGGCUGGGUUGCAGUAGACGCCUGACAUUUAGAUGGUUCGAUGGAAAAUUAUGACUGGCUUGUUGAUGCGCAAGGCAUAAAGAAGAAACUUGUGAAGGAACGAUGGGCGAGGAGGAGCAAUCCGCUUCGCUCCAACAGAUUAAUGAUGGUGCCUAUCCUAUGUUUUUUGGUGUUUCCUGUGCUUUCGUAGCCCUUCAGCUUAUGUCGAGGAUGAGAAAGCUCGAUACAGAGCAUGCUCAUCGGCGUCGCAUAGGCGAAUUGAUGCUCCAAGGGAGUGCGCAGCUGUUGGGGUUGCUCGUAGAGAGAGCUCAAAGAAGGGAAGAGGCAUUGGAGGAGAAGCUGAGGAAGUCUGAAUUGGAGGUUGAUGAGCUGAAACAGCGGAGAAUUGAAGAUGCCAAAGCCAAUGAGAAGGUGGUAAGCAUCUUCGCCGCCCACGAACAGAGCUGGAUCGCUGAAAGGAAGAGCCUCAGGCAUCAGAUCCAAGCGCUUGUCACCGAGAUGCGAAUCUUGAAGGCAAGGAACGAAGAGGCCGUACUGGAUUUAAGGAGGCGAGUCGAGGAGGAGGAGCGUGCGAUACGAAUUAAGGAUGAAGCCUUCGAGGAAGAAGCCAGGAAGAGGAGAGAGUUGGAGGAGAUGCUGCAGUUGGCUGAAGAAGCGAAGGAAGAACUGAAAGAGAGGACGACGAAGGAGGCACAGGAACACUUAGCUGAGCUUCGGAAGCAUAAGACGGCGUUUGUGGAGGUCGUCUCCAACCAGCGCCAAUUGGAAGCUGACAUGGGUCGUGCCCUCCGACAAGCCGAGGCGGCAAAGCAACAGCUUGAGGAAGCCCUGGAGCAGAAGGAGGAAGCGCUUGCGAUGGUCGAGAAGCUUAGUGGAGAUAUUGUGAAGCUUGAGAAAGAUUCUGAGCAGAAGGAUAAGAUCCUUUCAGCAAUGUUGAGGAAAUCCAAGCUUGACACUGCAGAGAAACGGAUGCUGCUGAAGGAGGUGAAGAUAUCGAAGGCAAAGAAGAAACAAGCUGAGAUGGAGAUGGAGAGAUGGAAGAACAUGUGGGAGUCGCGGCACAAGAAGGGCUGGAGGGCAGCACACUCUUUGGAGGUAGGUUGUUCCCAGAACCGAAGGGCAGAAUUGCAGCUAGAGAGCAGAGGAUACAAUUCCAAGACUCUUCUUUUGGAGUACUUGGAAGCUGAGAGCAGGAAAGAGCAUGACUCUUCUUCAGCAAAGGGAGAAAGCAUCAUUACCACGGUCGAAUAUUUGGAUCGGUAUUCCAGCGAUGGGAACGAUGAGCCUGUUGAUGAUGACUUUGGACGACUGCAAGAUUUGGUUCGGUUGGAGACUGAGAAGUAUGCAACUGUCCUUGAGCAAAGGCAUUACACAGAGAUGGAGGCGUUCACAGAGCAAUUGAGAGUAAAAGAUGAAAAACUCGAAGCUUUUCGAUGGCAGCUGCUAAGCAUGGAGCUCGAGUCGAAGCGGCUUCAGUCUCAUAUAGAAGGACUCGAUGGGAAUCUGUCCCAUUUCAAAGAGGAAAACUUAAAAUUGGAAGCGUUGUUGUUGGACAAGGAAAAGGAACUGAAAUUGUUGAAAGAGAAAAUCAGAUACCUUGUCCAACACUGCCAAAAGAACAACUCAAAUUAUUUUCCCAGGUCACAAGUGAAGCUCACAAAGAGGAGACAAUGGGAGAAAGAUCAGGAGUCAAAGACCAGCUUAGUUAGAGACAGCCAGAAGCCAGGGAGCUUGGUUCUAGAGAUGGACACUUGGAAUGCCAGUGAAGAAACAAAUCUGAUGCAGCUGGAAUCACAUAAAAAUAGAGAACUUAUGUACAGAGAGAGUACAGCUGCCAAUACCGCAGCAAUUAGUCCAACUUAUAAAGCACAAUCAGCUGAUAAUUUUGAGGGCAAUGCCAUUACCUGUGUUAAUGAAAUAACUUUAGAAGAACCUAAAGCAGGGGACAGUAUAUCAAGGGACAAAGCUGAGAGUAUCAUUUUGACCUCCCCAUCUCCCAAAGAAGAGAUCGAAGAAGAGAAGGAGGUUAGCAUGGACCCAGGUAAUGUUCACUUGGCGAAUAGCUUCCAAAAAGGCGCUGACAUUGAUGAUAAGUAUUCAUCAGUUGGACCAUCAGUUGUAAAAAAGGAUUCAUCCUGGAGGAUAGAUAUUCAUGCUCUCGGAGUUUCUUACAAGAUCAAAAGGCUGAAGCAGCAACUACUUGUGCUCGAAAAGUUGACGGCAUCUCAGGCAACGGAGCAGCUGACAACCAAGGAUGAUGCUUCAAAUGACACAGCUGAGGAAAACAGGCAGCAGGAAAAUGGGUUCAUGAUAAUGAUGGCUUUACUAAGUAAACAAGUGAAAAGGUAUCAAUCACUGGAAGAGAAGACUGACAACCUGUGCCAGAGAAUGCACGAGAGCUACCGAUCUGGAAGUAGCAGGAACUCACCAACUGGCAAUACAAAGGAACAAACUGAAGCACUUGAACAGUUUUUGGAAGAAGCCUUUCAGCUGCAGAGGUAUAUGGUGGCAACAGGCCAGAAGUUGAUGGAGUUACAAUCCAAGAUUACUUCUUGCUUUGCUGGUGGUUGCGAACUUGGAGAGUCUGUAGGCUUCAAUAUGAGGCUGUUUGCGGAUAUUGUAAGAACUCUGCUUCAGGAAAUACUGAAAGGCCUGGAGGUUCGAAUAGCUCGAAUUAUUGGAGAUCUCGAGGGGACGCUGGCUUCUGAUGGCAUUCUUCACAGGUGAAUAUGAGAUAAGAUUCAAUUGUUUUCCUUGAAAACUAGGCCAACUUCACAAUGUGAACCACAGCAAAUACAGAUAAAUCAAAAGUGUUUUUCUUUUCUUUUCUCAUCUAUUUUGGAACAGAUUUAGGAAGGCUUUGCUUCUCUUUCGCUGCUUGCAUGUGUGUAAAGAAAGUUUCUCCUGUGAAUAAAAUGCGCCCUUCUCUUUA